CUGUCUCUGUCGGCUCGAGGCUGAGGCUGCUUGGGAGCUGCUGCCAUCGCUUCACUUGAGUAAGGUCGCGGAGGGUCUGGGAUUGGGAAGACAGUUUUAUUUUUCCUCCUUUAGUUCAUUGUUCUUGAACACACCCACUACAGGAAGGAGAAGCCUGCUGAGAAACUGGGAAGUGAAUGCCUCCCAAAUUAACAAGAUUUAUAUCGUUUUUUAGCAAAAAAAAAAUGGCAGGCAAUGAUGCUGUUCUGAAGAGACUGGAACAGAAAGGCGCAGAGGCAGAUCAAAUCAUUGAAUAUCUUAAGCAGCAAGUUGCUCUUCUUAAGGAGAAAACAAUUUUGCAGGCAACAUUGAGAGAAGAGAAGAAACUUCGAGUUGAAAAUGCUAAACUAAAGAAAGAAAUUGAAGAACUGAAACUAGAGCUGAUUCAAGCAGAAAUUCAAAAUGGAGUGAAGCAAAUACCAUUUCCAUCUGGUACCACACUACAAGCUAAUUCCAUGAUUUCUGAAAAUGUGAUACAGUCUUCACCAAUAACAACUAUAUCUUCUGAUACUAAAGAACAGAUAAAAGGAGGAGGGGAAGAAAAGAAGGUGAAAGAGAAAACUGAAAAAAAAGGAGAGAAGAAGGAGAAAAAACAACAAUCAUUAGCAGGAAGUGUUGACUCUAAGCCAAUAGAUGUUUCCCGUCUGGAUCUUCGAAUUGGUUGCAUCAUUACUGCCAAAAAACACCCUGAUGCAGAUUCUUUGUAUGUAGAAGAAGUAGAUGUUGGAGAAACAGCCCCAAGAACAGUUGUCAGUGGCCUGGUGAAUCAUGUUCCUCUUGAACAGAUGCAAAAUCGGAUGGUGAUUUUACUUUGUAACCUGAAACCUGCAAAGAUGAGGGGAGUACUAUCUCAAGCAAUGGUGAUGUGUGCUAGUUCACCAGAGAAAGUUGAAAUUUUGGAUCCUCCUAAUGGAUCUGUUCCGGGAGACAGAAUUACUUUUGAUCCUUUCCCUGGAGAGCCUGACAAGGAGCUAAAUCCUAAGAAGAAGAUUUGGGAGCAGAUCCAGCCUGACCUGUACACUAAUGAUGAGGGUGUGGCCACAUACAAAGGAGCUCCCUUUGAGGUGAAAGGGAAGGGAGUAUGUAGGGCUCAAACCAUGACCAACAGUGGAAUCAAAUAAAGUGCUUCCAUGAUGAAGAACAUUGGAGAAACUUUAAUAAUAAUAAAAAGGAAUAUAUUUGCAACUUA